AUGGCGCUGUUGUGGUGCUGGUUGAGUACCUGGAAACUGUGUGGAUUGAAUGGGGGAGUAACAGACAUUGAUUCUCAACCCCAGCAAGUCUUUCUGUCUUAUGAGGAACAUCUGGGAAUCUUCCUGGUCUCCUUUGCCCUCUUCUUGUUCCUAACCACAGGCCUUGUUUUAAUUGUUUUCAUCAAAUACCUAGAAACUCCCAUUGUCAAAGCAAACAAUCGAGACCUCUCCUACAUCCUCCUGGUCUCCCUCCUGUUUUGCUUUUUGUCUGUUUUUCUCUUCAUUGGUCAACCAAGGAAAGCCACCUGUCUUCUCCGACAAGCAGUGUUCAGCAUCAUCUUUUCAGUUGCCAUUUCUUCUCUCUUGGCCAAGACAAUCACGGUGGUGCUGGCUUUUCUGGCCACAAAGCCAGGAAACAGAGUGAAGAGGUGGCUAGGGAAGAGCUUGGCCAACUCCAUCAUCCUUUCUAGUUCUGCUAUCCAAAUUAUCAUCUGCUCCAUCUGGCUUGCAGUUUCUCCCCCUUUCCCUGAUUCUGACUUCCAUUCUCAGCCUGCAGUAAUCAUCCUUCAAUGCAAUGAAGGCUCUGUCACCAUGUUUUAUGUUGUCCUUGGCUAUAUGGGUUUCAUAGCUGCCAUUUGCUUCACAGUAGCUUUCCUGGCUAGGAACCUGCCUGGGGCCUUCAAUGAAGCCAAGCUGAUCACCUUCAGCAUGCUGAUCUUCUGCAGUGUCUGGGUGACUUUUGUCCCAACCUAUCUGAGCACCAAAGGAAAAUACAUGGUGGCUGUGCAGGUCUUCUCCAUCUUAGCCUCCAGUGCUGGUCUGAUGGGCUGCAUCUUCAUGCCCAAGUGCUACAUUAUUAUUGUAAGGCCGGACCUGAAUACAAAAGAGCAUCUUACGGCCAGAAUAAAUGCAAAACAUUAG